AUGCGGGCGGAUAUUGUUAUUGAAAACCUUCGAGACCUGCUUGAGUGCUGCUGCGACGUGGAUGCAUCUGUGAGGAAAGCUGCUCACCAUAUUGUUACCAACUAUGUGAGAGGUGGUCUGCCUUGGGUGCAGCAAGUGAUUGCAGAAGCCAUGCUUGGCCGGAUGGAGAACCUCUGGGUAGACGAAAUCAGCCAACCGGCUCUGGUGCAGCUAUGGAGGUGCUCAAAGCAUCUUGAGGAUGUUGUGCGUGCACUGGACAAGCCUCAGCGUCAGAGGUGGGUGUCCCUGCUGGUCAGAGUCCUUCUUAGCCGGCAACCGUGUUUGGACCCGAAGAUAUUGAUCAGCGACCUGAAGCUCCUUUGGCGAGCUGACGACGAUCCGAGACGGAGCUACGCGGAAGCAGAGCAGCAGCUGAGGGCUUACAUGAAGUCUGCCAGCAAAGACAGGCAGGGAGAUGUUGUGAGGCUCCUAUGCUGCUGA